AAGCUGCGGGGCUAAGAAACAUCGUUCAAAAAAAUCGGAAGUGUAGUACACAUUCGUCCGAGAGAAUGCCGAAAAUCAACCCAACAUUUCAGCAUCAACAGAGUACUGAAACGUGAAAAUAAGACUGAAAAUGAUAAUUGAUAUCCUUUCCAGAUCAGUUCCGUUGAAAUGAGCACCCAGCCUGCCCCACUCGCCAGCAGUGGGACCCCCACCACCGGCCAGGCCGGCACCCCCGUCCCCCCGACGCCGUUGAACAGCACCGACCCUAAGCCCGGCAGUAAGAGCCCAGCCAAAGCUGGUAAUCCUAAGGUCGUCGUCCAGCCGGUCAACCCUCCCAUCAGUAUUUCCCUGCCAGUUGAGCAACCCAUGUUUACCAUCACGCAGCACAAGCACACUGUAGAGGCGGGCAAGAUCCCAACAACCAUCUCCAUAGCUGCUACUCCCACUGGCAAACCCUCUCAAACCGUUGCCCGGACAGUCGUCUCAAAGAUGGUCGCAACCACCCACCAACAACCCACUACCUAUAUGGUACCCAGCUCCCAGGCCCCUCUGGGUACACACCCGGCACCCGGUACCCAGUCAACCCCCAGCACCUACCCGGUCCUCGGUACCCAUAUCAUGCAAAGCGCCCCUGUGGCGGUACCCAGCACCCAUCUGUUGGCUGCUGCGCUCCCGGUACCCAGCGCCCAGGCCCAGGUGCGCCUUUCCACAGCAGGGUCGCCCGUUGUCACCUCUGCCGGGGGUGACGCCCAUAAGGUGAAGGUCAGCGCCACGCCCGUUCAAACGGUCACAACUGGUACCCAACCGGGUACAGUGGGCGGUCUCGCAGGCCACUCGAUGCAGCAGUAUGUCAGGGGGAUAUCCAUGCACCCAAGCAUGAUCGCUGGUACCCAUGUCGCAGCCGGACAAGUUCAGCAGCAUGCGUUUCCGUCGCACUUACCAAGAGGAGCUGCUGCUGCAGCUGCCAUGUCUGCUCCGAAAAGCGGCAUGACGACAGCAAUCUUGAGGACCACCACGCCAGUGUCACAGACGCAAUUUCCCAACACCGCGACAACUGUGGCUGCCUCCGCGGUACAAUCAACCAACAUCACCGGACAGCAACUACAGCGGCACCACCAACCGCCCCAGGUUCACCUCCCGGUCCAGCACCACCUACCAGGCCGCUUGCACUCCCCAGCAGGCCUGGCCGGGGUGGGUAUGGCGCCCACGGCUCCACCAGGCAUCACCAGGGCUAGCUCCCCUGGCGCUGCUGCAGCCAGCAUGCCUGGGCAUCAUGCCAGCACCUCCGAAGCCCACAGGACCCUGCCCCAUGCAUCCAUGCCCCAGCCCCACACCCAGACUGCGGGCCACCCCUUCCGCCCAGACAUCAAGCAGCUCCCAAAGUCCGCCGACAAGCCAAAACCCGACGGUAAACCCGACCCCAACAAACCCAUGGACCCGACCAAGCCCGAGGUCAAACUCGUGGACCCGCGGGCUGCAUACAGCUGGGUGACCGUCACGCAACAGCAACAGCAAGGGGGAGGAGUCCAGAAAGUGGGAGGGGCCAAGCAUGCUUAUAUCUCCUCCCAGGGGCUGGGCAUGCAGCGGAUGGCCCAUCCUGCGCCCCAGGCCAUCCCUGCCAGUAACAUCAACAACCAGGCGUCAAGUAGUCUGGUAACUGCCACCACACUGUCGCAUCAUACAGUACCAUCUCAAAGUAUAAUUCACAGCAGUAUUCGUACGUCGGCGAUAACGGUGACAACGUUAAGCAAUCAACCUCAGUCCAACACAACCACAAUACCAGUUGCCAAGGUCUACCCCCGUCAGAUGGCCCAUCCUCCUAGGCCCAGCACACCUUACUCUGAGGGCGGACCCUCCUACGUCUCUGCCCACAGCAGGAACUCCCCGAACACCUCGGCUGUCACAACGGUCACCGCACUGCCCCCUACGGUGACCAUGAGUGACGGACGGGUUGAGAGACCUCCCCACCCUGGGGCCAUGAGCCACGGGUAUCCGGCCUCAAUGCCUCCAUACUUCUUCGACUCAAUGAACUAUCGCCAUCAUAUGAUGCCCUCCUAUGGUACAAACCACUCCUUUGCAUCAAUGUCAGCUGCUGGAGUCCGAUCCACAUUGGCAGAUUCCCACAUCAGGCAUACGAUGCACCCGACGACGCCCCAGAACAGUUCGGUCGCGGCGGCCGUUGUCGCGGCAGCACAUGCUGCCACCGUGGGGGGUCCAGUCCGGCUGAACCCAGUCAGUAUGAUGAUCGACUCGCGGCGACAGGUACCCGUGCACAACACCAUGGGGAUGGCACCGUCAUUAGAAGGAGGUGGGGUCAAUACAAGUACAUCUGUGUCAAUUGGUUCGACGCAGUCAUCGAGUAACUCGCCAAAUCCAAACGCUUCGCCGAGGCCCAGCAUCCUCAAGAGGAGAAUAAACAAUGAUAGUAAUGUGAUCAGGAAGUUGAUACCAACCACGCAGUCCAACAGCCAGCCCAGCAGUCCCAAGACGGAGCUAGCCCGGUCCACCUCAAGCUCACCAAAACACAGUGAUUCGUUAGCCAGCAGCCAACACUCCCUGGACAGCAAUGCCUCAGAGGCUAGCCUGGACGCGCUGCCGUCUGCCAUCAAAAUCAAGCAGGAGCUUGAGACCAUCCACUCGGAGUCAGGCACCCAGGCUAGCAUCCCUCGUGACCUGAGUCUGACCAACUCCGUCGGGGAGUGUAGCCCCUCGCCGAGAAAGAAACCUCGCAAGCAGCAACACAAGGUUGCCACGGAGCAUCACGAUAUCCUCGACGACCAGUCCACUGACGAGGAGACAGAAACCAAACACAAACACUUCCGAGUCAAGAAGGAGAAGAAAGAGAAGAAACCAACAGUUUCGGAUGUUGACCACAUUAACGUCGUGCACUACUUCCGAAGGCCGUGCAUCCGGCUGAUCGACACCUAUCGCCAAUCCUGGAAACCAACUCACAACCACUUUGAGAGGUACUCGGAUGUCCGGCCAAAAGAGGAGAAGAAGACCACAAUUCACGAGAUUGCCAAUCAGCGAGGAAUCGUCAAGAAGACGGACGGAUGGAAGGUCAGGCACAUCACCUAUCAGUUUGAGGACCUGAGUGGGUUGGAAUUAGACGUCUUCAAUGAAAUGAAAGAGAUCAAGGAAGGCAUGGCCCCCUGGCAGACCCCUGGGAAGGAGAGCGACACAUCCAAGAUCUAUGAACUCAUACAGGGCAACAUCCAGAGAUCGCAGUACGUGAUGGAGCACUUGGAGGAAGCCAAGAACACGAUGCUGAAACUCCUGGAGCAUAAACCCAAGGUGAUGUCCAUCAUCAAGAACCAUGCCAACAAGAGGCACGCCAAGAAGAAACACAGCCCUUGAAUAAGAUCUAUGAAGAACCAUGCUCCGAAACACUGCUUCAUGAAGAAACACAGCAACAUAACACGGCCGGUCAUGUAACCAAGAUCAGCCCACUAAAUCUUGGUCAGAUGAAAAGAUUUUGGUGAAUGUGGUUCAACUCCUCAUAUGUUGAUCGAGUCGGAAGAAUUGUGUGUUUAGUGCGGUUUUGAAGUUUCUCUCUGUAUUCAGAUGGUUUUAGAUGAACUGGAGACAUCAUUUGAACAAUGAGCAUUUCUGUCUUUACUGCAUAGUAAAAAUGUAGUUCAUUUUCUUCCACUGCACCAAGUAGAAACGUCUGAUUGAUUCUGCAUACAUAUUUUAUUGGUUUACUGCAAAAAGGGUCCUUCACGCCGACAAAAAAAUCUGGGAAAUUUCACAUGAUGAACAUGAGAAAGAUAUUGUUGACAUCGACUUCCAAAAUAUUUAAAUUUACUUAAAAGACAAAUCCUGGCAGAAUAAUAUGCAGCCAGUUAUCGUCCACCUAAUUUGGUUUUUAGGUCAUUUAUUUCGAGAAGGACCUUUUAAGAAAUGUACCAGUAUUUUUGUGUUUUUCUGGUCGACAUUCACAUUGCAGUUUUGUUUCGGCAUUGGGAUUUUCAUGUUUUAUUUUUACCAUAGCGUAAGUUAUGGACCAGAAUAAUAUAUAUAUACUGUAAAUAUAUAAAUGUACAUUUUCAUUUUUGUGUUUUUUGAAGUGGAACGAAAACUCAGGAGUUUGAGAAGGUCGAGUCCCUUGGUCCUACGAUUUGCAAAUUUGGAGGAAAAAAAUAUUAUUUUAUAACAUCAUUUGGACACGAACCUAACUUUGGAGCAAAACAUUAUUUUUUGUACCUUUAACCGACAAAAAAAUAAAUGAAAUGAGAAGUGUUCCGUUUGAAUUCCCCAACCAAGAAACUUUCCGACUGAAAUAACGGGGGAAAAAUAAUAUAUAAAAAUUUGACCUCCUGAAAAUCUGAAACAAAAGUAUUUCUUCAAAUUUAGAACAAUUUACUUUCAGUUCAUUUGUGCCAAUUUUUUUCCCCCGAGUUCAACAGAGAUAUUUUAAAAUCAGUUAUAACUACCACUGGCAUUUUAAAGAUUAAAAAGAAAAUGUCUACAGCAUUGUACACUGUUCGUAGGAAUCAAAUGUGAACAAAAUUGAAAUAAUCUACCUUUUUGAAAUUCAAGUGAUGAGAGUUGAAAGGGUAAAUUUGUCUUAAAAGAAAUGUGAAAUAUCCCUUCGAUAUCUUUUUUUUUAGAAUUGGUCAGUGAUAUUCAGCUAAUUUUUUUCCCCUUAUUUUCAAAUUUCAGAUCAAGAUAUAAUUUUUGAUAUAUUUUCCAGUACAUGUUACUCCACAAGAGUAUCAUAAAGGCUGACACAGUGGACUCUGAUUUCUUUUUUAUUAUUGAAAAUUCUAUUUGAACGAAGCUUGAUAUUCCAGAAAAUUGGCAUUGAUCGUCCUUAUCAAGUCAGGUGUAUUUUGUAUACAAAUCUUGAGUUAGGACCCACAAACAGGUGUUGUAUAUUAUACAGGACAAAGAUAAUGUGCAUGUGUCUAUUAUGUGAGAACUGUAAUUUUAAUACUGAUACGAAAUAAAUAUGUGUACAGUGCUUUAUAUGA